AUGGUCGGCAAAGCCAACGAGGCAGUUAUCGACAUAGAGAGAAUCAACUGUCCAGCCUUGAUUGAUCCAGGAUCUAUGGUUUCAACUGUAUCUGAGGGAUACCACGCGUCAUGCCUUACUCAUCUUCCACUACGACAGCUCAAGGACUUUGAGAUCGAAGUAAUGGGUGCAGGCGAUAACAUCCUUCCAUACUCAGGAUAUUUGGAGGCCAAGAUCUACAUCCCCUUCAUUGACAAGGAGUUGGACAUUGUUCUACUAGUCACCAGAGACACAGAGUACAAUAGGCGAGUACCACUAGUGAUCGGAACCAACAUCAUAGAUCUUGUGGAGAGAUACUUGGUACCUGUAGAUAACACCAUACCAGCCUCUUGGCUUACUGCAUUACGUUCGCAAGCUAAUGGAAUCAUUGGACAAGUAAGAUCUACUAACAAGACGCCGAUCCACCUUCAACCAAACCAGAUGAUGCACAUCGCUGGACUUGUGCGUCAUCAGCCUGGAAGAGCCACAGCUAUCACCGAACACCAUGACUUGGACUCUGACCUUCGGACAGGACUCUCAGUUUGCCCAAGACUCGUUGAAAUAGGUAAGUGA